UUUUUAAAACCCCUCUCCCUCCUUCCAAAACCGCUCUGUAAUUCUCUUCUCUCUCUCUCUCUACCUUGAAGCUCGUAAUUACUUCAUGGAGUGAAUUAGAGGGGAAUUUAGUUUUGUUUUUCGGAUUUGUUUUUUGGAUUUUCGGAUGCCCUUUUGGGGUUCUGGAUCGGAUUCUCCUUUUUCGUUGAGCUUUUUUCAUGCGAUCGAUCCCUUGGGACGUACUAUAUUGACUGGGGUUUUCUCGUAACUGUUUGUUUCCCGGGAAAAUUUUUUCGGAGAAAAAAAAAUGAAGACUGAGGAACAAUCGAGGUCUCUAUUUGGAAUCUCGCUGUCUGAUCGACCCACUUGGCAGCAGUUUCUCAUCUGCACUUCGGGGUUCUUCUUUGGUUAUCUCGUCAACGGAAUCUGUGAGGAAUACGUGUAUAAUCGCCUUCAGUUUAGCUAUGGCUGGUAUUUCACGUUCAUACAAGGAUUUGUGUACUUGUUCUUGAUUUACCUUCAAGGCUUCACGGCUAAGCAAAUCGUGAACCCGAUGAGAACCUACGUGAAGCUAUCGGCUGUUCUAAUGGGGUCACAUGGAUUAACGAAAGGGUCGUUGGCUUAUCUAAAUUAUCCGGCUCAGAUCAUGUUCAAAUCCACCAAGGUAUUGCCGGUGAUGAUAAUGGGAGCGUUUAUACCCGGGCUAAGAAGAAAAUACCCAGUUCACGAAUACGUUUCAGCAUUCAUGCUCGUGGUUGGUCUGAUCCUGUUUACCUUAGCCGAUGCCCAAAUGUCCCCAAACUUCAGUAUCAUCGGGAUUUUGAUGAUUUCUGGUGCACUCAUCAUGGAUGCUUUCUUGGGCAAUCUUCAAGAAGCAAUCUUUACGAUGAAUCCCGACACAACUCAGAUGGAGAUGCUUUUCUGCUCGACUGUUGUCGGGAUGCCCUUCUUGUUUGUACCAAUGGUCUUGACAGGAGAGCUUUUCCGGGCAUGGAGUUCAUGCGCACAACAUCCGUACGUGUACGGAGUGCUCGUGUUCGAAGCCAUGGCCACAUUCAUCGGCCAAGUCUCUGUUUUAUCCCUCAUUGCCAUCUUCGGUGCCGCUACUACCGCCUUGAUAACGACGGCUAGAAAGGCGGUAACGUUGUUGCUGUCGUAUAUGAUAUUCACGAAGCCAAUGACGGAGCAACACGGGACGGGUUUGCUGUUGAUAGCGAUGGGGAUAAUACUGAAGAUGGUUCCGAUGGAGAGUAAGGCUCCGGCGAAAUCCACGGCGGCUAGGGAGAUGGCAGUCGCCGGAGAAGGUGGAAGGAAAGAUGAUGAAGAAAAGAGGCCUUUGGUAUAAGGAGGAUGUUUUAUUUUUAUAUAGGCUUUUUCUUGUUAUAUGUAAACAUCACACAAUGGUCGAAAGGGUCUGUUUGUAACCCUUUAAUCCAGAAAGAGGGUUAUAAAUGUAACCCAUUAAUUCAUAGUUCUUUAGAAAAAAAAAACAAACGAAGAAAUAAAAGAGGAAUGUUAGUUCUUUUG